UCCGGUUUUGCAUUCAGUAUGUCUCGUCUGUCUGGAUGCAAGCAGAUGAGAGCGAAUAUGUGUUACGUUUAAGUGGACGAAUUGAGCUAUCUGAAUCUAAUGUAAACGUAUUUAUUUCUGAACCUGGACCUCUUUAACAAUGCGCACUUGGCAGUGCAUCGUCUCCAUUAGUAUAUUUGUACUUCUUUGGUACUUCUCAGAGUUUGAACAAAUAUGGACACAAGCCCUCUGUUGUUUUUUAUGCCUUAUGAAUUUCACUUUAAGAAACCAAGACUGUAACAAAAAACAAGCGAGGCUGGAAACGAGCACUCAGACGGAUGAUACAGAUGAAGAAACAGAACUACAGACAAAGACAGGUCACCAUGUUGGUGUCAUUGAUGAGAUUGAUGCUACCAGAAGCGGACAGACUUUGUCUCAGACAAUGCAAUAUCCAAAUACACAGAGGUCACUUCUCCAGGUCUUUGAAUGUGCCUAUGCUCACCUGGUCAAGCCGUGGUACACAGUUCCAGAAUUGGUGGACAGUCAGCCCCUUCAUAGGGCACUACAGACGGAGUUUAACCUGAUAGUCGAGAGAGUCAUCUGCAAAGCAGAAAACUUCAAUCUGUCCGUUACCAGUGUGGGUUGUAUUAGGAUCUUCACUCAACACCUGCAUAAAGCAAAGCAGUCAGAUGGUUCUCCAAUGUUUGGUUCAAGAUCUGAGGAGAUGGCAGUCCUCAGGUCCUUCUCCGAAGCUCUGGUGCGAAACCUUUUUCCUGAGUACCUUUUGGAAGCAAAACUCUACCAGUGUUUCCUAAAUGAGAUUGUUGCUACUAAAGCUCUUGAUGUGCUUGUGACAUACCUCUGUAAUCCGGACAACCUGAAUCAGAUGCUGGUUUCGCAGCUGGAUAGAGUAUCCUCUAAAAGCUCAACAGGAGACCGGCCAAACUCAGAUAGGAAAGGCACACCAUCUCCCGUAGGAUGUAAAAAAGAGGAAGGAUUUACAGAUGAAGCAGAGGAUGCUCUAUCUGAAGUCAAAAAAGAAAAGAAGAAGGCAGGCAAUAGGGUCAAAGAAAAAAUCUAUAAAAUUGUUGAUAAGGUCAAGUCAAAGAAACCCAAAAAGAAAAAACCUAAGGAGGAGAAUACUAUAUUGGCACGAGGAUCUGCUGCUAUGGCAGCUGAUGAUGAAAGCAGCAGAGAGAGCUCCAUUAGAAGCAACAUGGACUCCGAUUAUGACAGUGAAACGGAUGUUUACCUGACAACAUUUUUCCAAGAGGACAUGAUGGAGUUUAAGCUUCCCUAUGAGAUGUGGCGGGUGGGGAAGUGGGCAGUCCGUGUUACAAAUGUUCAGAGGGAAAAUGAAGAGCUGUGUUUCACGGUUCACCUGGAGGAGAGAAAUAACCCUGAGAAUCUCAACUGGGAUGUGAAAAAGACCCAAACAGAUAUACUUCAGUUUCACAACCUCUGGCAAGAGAGUGAGGAAAUGGGAAGUUCAACUUUACCCUCCGUGUCUGCAAUAGUAGAGAAGACAAAGAAUGAUCUUGACGGUGCACACAUAGAAGAAGUUAGAUCAGCCUUGGAGCACUUUUUGCAAGAGCUGGUUUCUGAUACACAACUUGGUCAGACUCUGCUUGUAUUCCAGUUCUUGUGUCCCAUUGCACUGCUGCUGAGUAAUAAUGAAGAUAAUGGCGGUGUCUGGAGUUUUCUGAAUGGACUUGCAAGCUUUCUUACUCCUGGCAAAGACGAGGAUGAGUCCCAUAACCCCAGAGGAGAGGAUAAGCUUGAUGAAGCAGGAGCCUCAGUACAUCACAGUGGACCGAUGGCACAGCCAGCCUGCAUGGACACAAACGAAGAGCCAAAGGAGGACAUUGUAGAAGGGCCAAUAGCUUCAAACGUUAGGUUCAGAAACGGAGAACCAGAAACCGAAGACCAGACCUCUGAACAGGAUGUGGUUUCAGAUGGACGGGAGAUUCCUGCUGAAAGUCUAGAUGUCUCUGUUAAUACGUCAAAAUUAGUCAGUCCUUCAGGACACUUGAGUGAUAGCUCAAGCUUACAGUUUGACUCAGUUGAUGGCUUUACAAGUGCUCAGACUGUGGAGAAAACAAACAAAAAAGAAAAGUUAACUCAAAAAAAGUUAAAUGUAGAACAAAAGUUAAAAGUAAAAGAAAAAACUGGACAGCUCAAGGAAGAGAAAAAGGAGUCCCAGACCAACUUGGAGCAAACCGAGGCUACUAAAGCCAUAUUUGAGUUACUUAAGGAAAUAAUUGUAUCUUCAGGAAACUCAGUUCUCAUUUUCCUUUUUGAUGCCCUUCUAAAAGCAGUCCAGCCUUUGGUAAAAAAGAAAAUAAACAACUUUUUGAAAAUGAUGCAUCCCACCGAAGUUCAGAUUGCAUCCUACAUUGACAACUUACGGGAGAAUAUAUGGCCAGAGGGAAAUGUGCCCAUCCAGCCGCCACGUGACAGUGAGGAGAAACACGCGACCAUGGAGAAGGCUCUGCAGCUUAUUAAUUCAAAUUAUUCAAACGUUUUAAUCCUCAAGAAGACUGAAGUUGAAACUUUGUUCAAGAUCUUCCAGGACACAGAGGAGAACAAGAAACUGGUUUAUAAGCUGCUGUCAUAUGUUCUAAGGGAGUUCCUACCUGGAGAAACUGCUAAGGAUUUUGUUUUCUAAUAAAAAGAAUACUUUUUUUAUUUUUUAUUAUUUUAAUCUGUCUGAUGUCUAAUCUAAUGUGAAUUAUUUAAUAUUUUAUGUGAAUAAUCUUUAAUGAUGCGUUGUGAUAUACCUCUGAAAUCAGCCUUUCACUUUCGCUUUAAGCAGCAUGAACACUUUUUUUUUUUAUUUCUUUUUUUUUUUUUUUUUUACCGUUAAGCAUUUUAACAAAAACACUGUAAUUAUGUUUCACUUCAACAAUGUUACAAUAUCUUGGGUUUAAAUUUUAAACUCAUUUUAAAAAAGAUCACUGUAUAUGUAAGUUCACUUUUUGUUUUGUACCUUAAAAAUUGUACAAUGUGAAGAACUUAUUUCUAUUUUAAUAAACAGCACGGGUUACACAGGACAAAAUACAUAGUCAUUGUGAUACUGGUUAAAAUGUUAUAUUUUUAAAAGACUUGAUCCACACUUUGUCGAUAUGUGAGCAAAGUAUUCGAAUAAUGAAAAUGCCAAUAAACAUAUUUUACUAUUUA